UAGGAGGUAAUAAAAAUAUAUUAUUAUUUUAUUUUAUUUGUUUUAAUUGAUUUUUUAUUGAUAUUGCAGCGACAAAUUUAACGUUUUUAUUGAAUUUAACUGAACCGUGUUCUCUCCAUGGGGCAAAUAUUUUCAUUAACGAACAUCGUAGUAUAGUUUAUACAAUGUCUUCAAUCAUAAAAAGCUAUCAAUCUACUUUCACUGAACAGUAUUCACUGUUAUCAUCUCUUCUUCAGCAUCUCUUAACCCUGAUUCAGUUAUCCAACAGUGAUGUUUUAAAUACAAUUAAGAAGAAUAAGGAUUUUCUAUAUGUUCUUGAAAACUUAUGCCUCUCAAAAAAUAACAACAUUUGUUUUCUUGCAAUCAAUACUUUAAUACAAUUAUGCCAACUUGAACAAGAAACUUAUAUGGAACAUAAACUUCUAUAUUCGAUAACGUUAAAAUGUGAAUAUGUUUUAAACGCCAUGACUAGGCUAUGUCAAAACUGCAUAAUAUCAUCUAUUACAUUAUUUAAAAUUAUUUUACAAUACUUCGAAGAAGGCAUUUGUAAAUCGGUUGAGUUUAAUGAAGCACCAACUGCCGAUUUUUUAAGAUCUAUUUUUAUGCAAUUAGAAACUAUUAUAUCUCAAGGAUUGGAUUGUGUGUCGAACCAUGCCUGGGAAUGCGUGACUAUAAUAUUGUCAUCAAAACUUUUGAAACAUUUACAGGAAUUAUCAUAUCUUAAAAUUGAGUUUGCCACCGAUCCUUGGCUUAAUUUUAUACUUAUAAAUUCAAAAUCCUUUGAUGAAAGCUGCUUAGAAUUUUUAAAUUUUUGCUCUUAUUUUUUGUGGGUUACAGAUAUUGAAAAACAAAUUCUUGUUACCAAAUGGACUAGAAUGUAA